GUGCACCGGACGAGACAGGUGACUUCGAUGAGAGGGAGGAAGUUGGCGAUGAAAGCUCAUCGACCGUCGAGGCUGCGAAGGCCAAAGAGACAUCAGUCGCGACCUAUGUCACCUUCAUGGACCUGUACCGUCGGAAGAAGAGCCCGGUCUCACUCUGGGGCGAAGUUGCGAGUGACAAGUCCACUCAGUUGGACGUCAAGGACAAGUCAAGUGUGUUGCGUUACGCCCCGGACCAGUUGGACGAACUGAAGGAGUCAUCCCAUGUUCAAUCGGCGUCCUCCAUCCGCCAAAAACAACUUUUGGCGCUGAAACAAGCCCGCAUCGGCAAGCCCAACAAACGCUUCGAGUCUGGGACUGCCCUGCUGCCAUCAUCCUCCACUCCACACCCGCUACCUUCGAUUCCAAUGUCUGCGUACCACCGCGUCCAGCAAGUUCCAUGGGAGAACGCGAUCUUGUGGGGUGACGAGUCCGACCCAACCCCUGCCUUCGUUCCAGAAGAAGACGAGACCCCAUUUGGACCAUCGUCCAACCUUCCACGUCCCCACUUGGCGCACAGGCAAAUCCCAGUGCAAGCUCCAUCGACAUACGAGUCUUCGACCUUUGAGUUUCAAGACGACGACUUUGACAUGACCAAACCCAGGCAGUAUCGGUGGGAAAUGCCUCGUCGGCCGCGCUCGACAGCCGCAGUGUCGUCCUCCGCAGUUGAAAAGAAGGUGCUGCCAUGCGCUCUGAAUCCCGCGCUGCUGCAGUCGUCGUGGCUGGACGCGAUUGGGUGGGACGACUGCGCCGACAUGCCGCCGUCGCGCGUGCUUCUGGACGAGAACGACGUCCAUUUGAUUUUGUCCAAUCCAUUGGUGGAGAAUGUCCGCGCGACGCUGCGCAUCCCCCAGCGAAAGAUGGGCGCGAUCGAGAUCAAGAAAGAGGAACUGAAGAAGCAAAUGACUGACAAGAACACCCGGCUCGAAGUCGUGCGGGGCAACUUGGACCUGGGCCAGCAGACGGCCGAGAGUCGGUUCGGCGAGGUCAAGCGCAACAAGGACACGCGCAUCAUCAAGAACAUGGGCCACGUCCACCACUCGCUCCCUGCGAUCAAGCUGAGCUUGACCAAACCCGAACUCCCCUUGGCCAAGCUCAGGGAGUUCCACCGCCCCCGCGGCAAAUUCAAAAUCCACGAGCGCAUGCCAGUGGCCAGCGCCAAAAACGCCGAAAAGAGCGGCGCCAAGAGCGUCAAGGUGGCCGACGCGGACCUGAACGACCCGACGUUGUCUCAGAUCAAGAAGACGUCGGACUUGAAUCCCACGGCGGGGGGGAAGCUGCUCUUGCUCGAGUACACUGAGCAAUUCCCUCCCAUGCAGGCGAACCCGGGCAUGGCGUCUCGUGUGCUGCACUACUGGCGACCCCCCGACCUGAGGGGCGAGGGCAAGGCGGACGAAGUGACAGGGAAAGGCAAAGACAAGAAGAAGAAACCGCAGCCUCCGUCGGUGAGUCUGGGCGAAGUCGUGACCCUAGGGGACAACGAAGACUCGCCGUUCGUGGGCGAUGUGCCUGCGGGUAAAAUGGUCACGUCGCUCAACUCGAAGCUGUUCAAGAUCCCCAUCUUCCCGCAUACCCCCCGCACCAACUUUUUGGAAUCGUACGCCGCAGACAAGUACGAGUUCUUUCUCGUGGCGCGGUCCGUGUCCAAGAAGGGCAAGGGCGCGUCGACCAUGUACCUCAUGGAGCUACCGCCGCUGUACCUGGCAGGACAAGUGGAGCCUCAGAUCGAAGUGCCGGCGCCAAACUCCCGUAGCGCCAACGACUUCAUCCGGCCGUACAUGUCGUUUCACAUUUUGCGGCUGUUCAAGAAGACGAGCGACGGCGAGCGACUCAAGAUCGAAGACAUCACGAGGGCGUUCCCGAACCAGUCGGGCACGGCCAUUCGCAAGCGCAUGAAAGAAGUGGCUACGUUCGAGCGCGGCGGAAAUGACUCUGGGUGGUGGAAGCGCAAGCAGUCGUCGGACGUGAUCAGCGAGGAGGAAAUCCGUGCCAGCGUCUCCCCCGAGUCCGUGUGUCUGUACGAGAGCAUGAUGAGUGGACACCAGCGCUUGCUGGACAUGGGGCUCACCAAGCAAUUCACGCCCACCGGAGUGCAAGCGGCCAUCAGCCACAUGACUAAGCGGCUCAAGUUCCGGGAGAACUUGAUGUCUGCUCGGAUGCUGCAGUCGCAGGGCCUCAGCGGACGCCAGCUGGCCGAAGAAGAGAAGAAGCUAUGGAACCGAGACCCGGUGCUCGUGACGCUGCGCAACGACAUCCAGAUCGCCCGCUCCAUCAACGAAUCCCUGCUCCUGACGCCAUGGAACUUGACCAACGGGUACGUCGAGUGCCAUCUGCAGGGCAAGGGGUCGGGGAUGUUGCAGCUCGGUGGUCUGGGGGAUCCGUCGGCGCGAGGGGACGGCUUCAGCUUCAUUCGAGUGCCUCAGUCCCGAGCCAAGAAGAAGGAAGAGAGCGAAGAGCUCGACGUGUCCGAAGCCGAGGUGCAAAAAGCGGUGGCGGCCGUGACAGGAACAACAGCCGAUCUGCGAAAGUUAAAGAUGAAGGAAGCCGGCGAUGUGCUAAAGAACCUUGGGAUGGCCGAGGAAGACAUCAUGAAGUUGCGCCGAUGGGAUCGCAUUUUCAUGGUGCGGGAGCUGAGUACCCGCGCGUCAGCCCACGGGAUGGCAGGGACGCUCAACAAGUUUGUCCGCGGCGCGCGCAAGUCUUUGAGUGCCCAGCAGCAAGAGUACCGUCGAAAAUGCGAUGUGAUUUACGUCCGGCAAUUGGAAGUGCUGAGCUCGGUCGAGCACGAUUUCCAAGACGACAGCGACAGUGGUUCCGAUGACGACGAUGGCUUCAUCGAGGAUUUGGAAGACGAUUUGCUGGGCGAUGACGUGGCCACGACCAACUCAAGCCGAGGACCCCAAGGCAUUUUCAAGGCUGGCGGUGGGGGGCUCACUCGAUCCAAGACGACCAUGUCCGAGCGCGACGACGCGCACGAACUUCGGCGGCUCAUGGAAGAGAUGAAGGGCGGCGGGUCCUCUGCUCCGCCUGCUUCUGGUGGAGGUCGAGUCAGCCGUCCAGAAGUCGACACGUCCAACUUGCGAAGUCAGCUCAAAGCCAGCGGCAUCAAGGACAGCUUGAACGCAUCCGUGUCGUCCAUGACGUCCACCAAGGGCAACUCGGUGGCGUCGUCUGCGAUUCCGUCGCCGGCGGACCCCGCGUCUCGAGCGCAGUCGCCUCGCGCCGGAACUAGUCGCCAAGCGAUCAAGCGCACGACGCGAAUCAUCGACGACGACGGGACCGAGUCUGUGAAGAUCGAGUUUGUGGUCGAUCCAAAGGCGAUUGGUCGGUUCAAAGCGGCUCAGAGUUUCAAGGAGCGGCAGCAAAAAGACGAGGAGCGCAACCAGCUGCGCAAGCGAAAGAAGCUCGAAGGGUCGGAAACAGACAAGAGCGUGCUCAAGAAGCAGAUCGCGGACGAGCUCAAGCAGCUCAAGAAGAAGGAAGAAGCCACGAAAGGGUACGUGGAGAUGCUGGAGAAGGGCCAGGACGUGGCGGCGGGGGGUCGCGGCGCCAUCAAGUGCACUGCAUGUGGGCAACUGGGUCAUAUUCGGACAAACCGCAACUGCCCGCUGUUCAUCGAGUCCAAGGCGGACCAAGCGACCAAGGGCCUCAAGUCGGACGCCCCUCUCAAGUUGACGCUCAAGAAAUCCAACUUGGACGACAUCAUGAAGGACGACGGCGGCAGCUUGACGUUAAACUUGGCGGAUUUGAGGGAAGGCGCGAGGAAGCACCAGAUCGAAAAGAAGCGCAAACGGAUGCAAGACGUGGCCGAAAGCGCCGAGAUCUACAAGAAGCAGUACGGGUCCAAAGACAAGAAAACGGAGCACAUCCGACUGCCCAUUGCUCGGCUCAAUGGAUUGCUGGAGAAGGUGCUGUUCAACCUGCUCGAUAUGGCCGAGAGCGCGCUCUUUCGAGACCCGGUGGACGGCGCGCUGAUCCGCGACUACUACACGAUCAUCAAGCGACCGAUGGACCUCAAGCGAAUGCACGCCAAGGUACGCGGCUUGGAGUACGACUCCAUGCGCACGUUCUUGGCGGACGUGGAGCUCAUGGCAACCAACUCGAAAAUGUACAACGGCGAAGUCAACCCCAUCACGAAAAACGCGCUCAAGUUGCUGGACCGCGCCAAGGACGACCUGCAGCAACUCAACACGGACGGCGCGCUGCAUUCGCUGCAAAAACUGGCCCGAACGCAGUCUGUCUCGACAUAACGUUGUCCCUAGGAGAAUGGGUUUGGAACUUUUUAAUUAUAUUGCGCUCACUGGUUCAAGCUAGAGUGCUAUUCAAAC